UUGUCGGGCACGAGCGUGGCGCGCCCUCGCUGUGCCUUGCUCUCAUACCAACUUCAGCCUUUCUUAUGUAAAUGAGCCGUCAUAUAUAGCUAGUACAUACCCCCUCGGAGCGGCAUUAACGACCCUAGACUCUCUGCAGGCUUUGUUGGCCGCUGGGAUCGCCAGGCCAUCUGUCCCAUUGACAGGCUGUAACGGCUGUGUGGAUUACAACACUAACCUCCAGUCGGUUCAGCUUGUUUCUGGCAGCGCCGGGGUUAAACUUCAACAUGGCCCCCAUUCGAAACAACACAAACUGUAUGGACAGAGGUGAUAACUGCACUGGAGUGAAAUCUGACAGAAAGAUGAGAAAACCUCUGGUGGAGAAGAAAAGAAGAGCUCGCAUCAAUGAAAGUUUACAAGAACUCAGAGUUCUCAUCGCGGAAGCAGAUUUACAAUCAAAGAUGGAGAAUGCCGAAGUACUUGAGAUGACGGUGAAACGGGUGGAGAGCAUCCUGCAAAACCGGGCUCAAGAAAUUGAUGCCGUAAACAGGGAAGCUUGUGAGCGGUUUGCGGCAGGGUACAUCCAGUGUAUGCAUGACGUGCACACCUUCGUGUCCAACUGUCCGGGGAUAGACCCGACAGUGGCCGCGGAGCUCCUGAACCACCUCCUGGAGAGUAUGCCCCUGAACGACCAGGACCGCCUCCAGGUCAUGCUGCCCGACUCUGUGGCAGAGUUCAGCGGCAACAACAGCACUUGGUCCCUGUCUGAGAGCAUGUACUCGGCUCUGGUGUCCCCGGCCCCUUCCGUUCUUUCCAGCGAUGACCUCUGCUCUGAUCUGGAUGAGACGGACUCAGAGCAAAGCCAUGCGUCUUCUUCAGAGGAGUCCGAGCAUCAGGACGCGUCUUUAACUUACUCUAAGACAGUGUGGAGGCCAUGGUAGAUGGAAGCCAUGGUAGAUGAUGGAAACAUAGAGGCAGCAUGUUGUAAACUACCUUAGAUGAACUAAUGCUUUGUGUUAGGAUGUUGUGUGGGAUAGGCCUUAGUAUAAAACACAACAAUGCUGGACUGACAACUUUGAAACUGACUGAAAAGCAUCCGAGAAGCUCUUUGUGUAAUUAUUCUGGAAAAAAACAAUUGAAACUAAAAUGUAUUUAAUAAAUAAAGUAUGUAAUUAAUUCUGUUUUGCAGAGGUCAACAAUUUGUAGGAUCUUCAUUUGGAGGUGUAUUGGCCUGCCCUCUGUGAAAGGGGCAUGUGUAUAUAUUUACUUGUUGAGUAAGACUGAGCUGUAUAGAAGAUAUCUGUCCCACUAGACAUGCAUUUUUUAGCUGUGUGUAAAUUAUUUCUUAAUUAGCGUAUCUUUAACUUUGUAUUUAUACAUGUCAAAUGACUGUUAGUAGGCUACCUCAUUGAUUCGCCUAUGCUUAAACUCGACAGAGGAUUUUCAAUAAAUCUCUUUUGACCAAUGA